ACUGUUCGCCACCAUUUUAUUUAUAGGAAGAACACAUGACUGGGUCGUUUUUGAGUGCUUCCCCAGCAUUGGAUCAGACCCAUCAUUUCUUGAGCCAGUAUAAAAUUGAUGAGGAAAAGUUUGUUCCAUUGGUACUAGCAUUAUCACCGUGGUCUGGAGGUGAACAUGCUGAGCUGCUGGCUAGGAGAGCAUUUAGGGUUUUCAACAAUGCUACUGACAGCGGGUUGAAUUUCAAGGAUUUUACAAUUGUCCUUGGUUUGAUGUUCCGAGCCGAGAUUGCAGACCGCCUCAAGUUACUGUUUGCGAUGCAUCAACCCCCGGCUCUGAUGCCCGAUGAGAUGGACAGUCCUUCUCAAGAAACACGUAAGGGUAAGCUUUUGGAGAGUAGUUAUACUACUAUUUGAGAUAAUUUAAUGUAU